AGACCUCCAGACCUGCAGCCUCUGCUCCGGCAAUCACCGAGCAGCGACCGCGCCUGUGAAGCACCGACGGACGGCUGCAGGAGAACCACCACAACCAUCUCAAAGAAAAGGUGUCUUUAAAGGUCGCAGCAGCUCCAGUGACAUGGACAGCAGGAGUCAUUACACACCCUGCAGAGCUAACACAGGAGCCAUACCUGACCUGCCAAGCAGAAAAUGACUCAGAGAAAUGGAAUCAGAGGGACGAGUGAUCACUGCCUCCACUCGGAGGCCUCCAUGGUCCGUGAGCACGCCAACGGCACGGAGCAUGAGAAGGUUCAAGAGGCCAUCGAUUGUGAGUCUGAGGAAGGGGGGCAUGGAGAAGAAAACAGAGACUCUGUAGCUGUAACAGGAGCAGUCACAGCUCCUGAUGGGGGCUGGGGCUGGGUGGUGCUGGUUGCCACAAUCAUAGUCCUGGCUUUGACCCUGGCCUUCCCCUCCUGUGUGGGAAUCUUCUACACUGACUUGCAGAAUGAAUUCGAUGCCACCAACAGUGAAACCUCCUGGGUGCCCUCCAUCAUGACAUCAGCGCUUCAUGCUGGAGGUCCCUUUUGCAGCGUGUUGGUGGAGAGACUUGGUUGCCGGGCGACGGUCAUGUUGGGUGGAGUCCUGAGUGGGCUUGGAAUGACUGCCAGCUCAUUUACCCAGUCCAUCUCCGAGCUCUACGUCACCGCGGGGGUUAUUACAGGACUCGGUUUCUGCUUCAGCUUCCAGCCGGCUGUGACAAUCCUCGGGCACUACUUUGUGCGUCGCCGUGUGUUUGCCAACGCCAUGUCGUCCACCGGCACGGCGCUGGGUCUGUGCACUCUCCCUUUUCUGGGUAACUACCUCCACACAGAGCUGGGCUGGAGGGGAAGCUUUCUCGUUCUGGGGGCCGUCCUGCUUAACUGCUGUGUGUGUGGAGCAGUGAUGAGGCCCUUGCAGGCCCCCAAGCGUCGAGGCCAACCCUUGAUGAAUCAUGGACCCCCUCCACCAGAGGUGGAGAAUGUGAGGAAGGAGAAAGGAAGGAUGAGGACGAUAUGGAGCUGCCUGAGGGCUUCCCUCAGCAGACACAUGGCCUUUGAUCAGCUCCGCAACAACCCCCGUUACCGUGCGUAUGCUAUAGGCAUCACCUGGAUGAUGCUCGGGUUUGUGGUGCCCCUCGUGUAUCUGGUUCCUUAUGCCACAGCCAACAAAAUGGAGCAGGGUCGGGCCGCGUUGCUGCUCUCCAUCCUGGGUAUCGUUAACAUCGUGGUGCGACCUCCGUUCGGCGUCAUGUUCAACAUGCCCUGGUUCAAAGGGCGACACAUCUAUGUAUUUGCCUCAGCUUUGCUGGUCAACGGGCUCAGUAACAGUAUCUGCUGCAUCGGGCCAAGUUUCACUGUACUGCUGACUUAUGUGACCAUCUACGGACUGUCCAUGAGUGUGGUGGGCUCUCUGAUGUUCACCGUCCUCAUGGAGACAGUGGAGAUGAGCCGUUUCCCCUCAGCUCUGGGUCUGCUCGCUAUAAUGGAGAGCGUCACACUGCUCAUUGGGCCUCCACUGGCAGGAGUCCUUAUUGACAGAACAGGCCAGUACUUCCAUGUAUUCUUUGCCUGCAGUGCCGUUGUUGCCUCAUCUGCCGUGUUUCUCAUGGUAUCAUUUUUCUGGCUGGACAAAAAGGACAGGGAGUCGUCAAAGCAAGGUCAACCCUCCACACUGCCCGACCCAGCGAGACCUGCUGUCGACGCUCCUGGCUGCCAGUACAGCAGUGUGCCCACAGAGGGAGACAAAGACAAGGCCUCGGCUAACGGGGCAGAGUAUAUCACCAGCGUCUGAAUCUGCUUACACUGUGUGUCACUCCCUUAACACACGUCACACUCUGGGUCAGACAGCUUGGCAAAUAAUUCCUAAUGUUUGCACCAGCUCGCUCCAAUGUGCCAGAUGUUCAAAAUUGACUCUUCUGUGGUUGACAGCACACCUGAUCUGAUCCAAGCUGUCCCCAUGUGUUGAAAAGUUGCCAUCUGGUACGCCAUAAAAGGCUAAACAAAUAUGAAUAAUUUGCUCUGUUUGACCCAGUUUAAACACUUGAUCCUAUAUACCAAAAUGAACAGAUAUGUGCACUUACAACUACAACGUGAUUGUACUGUUUUAUUGUAAUAUGCUGCUGAUCUUAUCUAUGUGAUCACACAAUCUUAUCAUACAGGAGGUAUCUCACUCUAUCUAA